UCCCUGGUUUUCCCCCAUCCCCACCCACUCUCCCUCCUCACUUUCUCUCUCCUGUUUGUGUCAUUUCUUGGUAGUUAGUAACCGAAAAAUGGCUGUUGUGGGUGUGGCCUGCAUUUUGACCUCCCUAAUUACCUCACUGUUGUCGCUAACUGAAGCUAGAAUCCCAGGGGUUUACUCCGGCGGAGAUUGGCAAGGCGCUCAUGCCACAUUCUACGGUGGCAGCGACGCCUCUGGCACCAUGGGCGGAGCGUGUGGCUACGGAAACCUGUACAGCCAAGGCUACGGCGUGAACACGGCGGCGCUAAGCACCGCCCUGUUCAACAACGGCCUGAGCUGCGGCGCGUGCUUCGAGCUCAAGUGCGCCAGCGACCCCAGGUGGUGCCACUCCGGCAGCCCGUCGAUCUUGAUCACCGCGACCAACUUCUGCCCUCCUAACUACGCCCUCCCCAACGACAAUGGCGGCUGGUGCAACCCUCCUCGGCCCCACUUCGACCUCGCCAUGCCCAUGUUCCUCAAAAUCGCCGAGUACCGCGCCGGAAUUGUCCCCGUCUCUUACCGCCGGGUGCCAUGCAGGAAACAGGGAGGGAUAAGGUUCACAAUCAACGGCCACCGCUACUUCAACCUGGUGCUGAUCAGCAACGUCGCGGGCGCGGGGGACAUCGUGAGGCUGAGCGUGAAGGGGACGCGGACCGGGUGGAUGAGCAUGAGCCGGAACUGGGGGCAGAACUGGCAGUCCAACGCCGUCCUAGUCGGCCAGGCCCUCUCCUUCCGCGUCACCGCCAGCGACCGCCGCAGCUCCACCUCGUGGAACAUGGUCCCGGCCGGCUGGCAGUUCGGUCAAACCUUCGCUGGCAAGAAUUUCAGAGUCUGAUAUAUGGCAGUAGUAAAAAAGAAAGAGAACAGGAAUCUGGGGGGGGACUUCAAGUUUUCCCGCCUUAAUUUCUUUCCCCUUUUUACCCUUUUGCCGCCAGUUUUUUGGGGUUGUUUUUUUUUUUUUUUUUUCUUGUUUUUUGACUGUAAUAUUUAAUGGGUGUUGGGGGGAGUGAAAGUUAGAAAAGAAUGUGGGUUUCUCUUACUAGAAGAAGAUAAGAAGAGUGAUUGAGAGUACUUUUUUGACUUGGUUUUUAUUGAUUUUGGGAGAGAGGUUUGUGACUGAUGAGAGGGAGAGGGAGGAGUUGGGUUGUAAGGACAAGGCUGAGGCGGCUGCAGAAAAAUGCAUGUAGCCCGCCGUUCAUUGAAUUUUACUAGUUGUAUAAGUUAUAUAUAUAAAGAUGUAUGAUUAUAAUUA